GGGAAAACGUUCUUCCUGGGGGGAAAUUUUCCUUUUCGACAUGCCAAAUAAACCAAAGAAAGAGAAGACAGUUACAAAGACUACUGGUGGAACGAAAGCAAACGCAAAAGAAAGUACCGAAAAUGCAGAAAAUGAGGCAAAGAAAAAGGCGGCGAAUCAAAAUGCCGAACAACAUCCUCCUCCAGCACAGAUUUCCAAAAUGAAAUUUUCAGGCCCCCCUCACGUCAAGAAAGACAAAAGACAAAAUUCAUCAAGAUUCAACGUGUCUAAAAACAGGGAACUUGUGAAGCUGCCUCUCCUUAAAGAUGCAACGCCAGCAGAGCGGGAAGACCUGUUUAUACAGAAGAUCCGACAGUGUUGUGUGCUGUUUGACUUUGUACAGGAUCCUCUGAGUGACCUCAAAUGGAAGGAAGUGAAGAGGGCAGCCCUAAAUGAGAUGGUUGAAUUUGUCACCCAGAACAGGGGUGUCAUCACAGAGGCCAUCUACCCAGAGGCUAUAGUAAUGUUUUCAGUCAAUUUCUUCAGAACGUUACCCCCUUCAUCGAAUCCCAACGGGGCUGAGUUUGACCCCGAGGAAGAUGAGCCAACGCUAGAGGCAUCAUGGCCACACCUACAGUUGGUUUAUGAAUUUUUUCUACGAUUUUUGGAGUCGCCGGACUUUCAGCCCAAUACAGCCAAGCGUUAUAUAGACCAGAAAUUUGUAUUACAACAAUUAGAAUUAUUUGACAGUGAAGAUCCUAGGGAAAGAGAUUUCUUGAAAACAAUAUUACACAGAAUAUAUGGCAAAUUUUUGGGACUUCGGGCAUACAUCAGGAAACAAAUCAACAAUAUAUUUUAUAGUUUUAUUUAUGAAACAGAACAUCAUAAUGGUAUAGCAGAAUUACUAGAAAUAUUGGGAAGUAUUAUAAAUGGUUUUGCGUUACCACUGAAGGAGGAGCACAAAGUGUUUCUUCUGAAGGUUUUGUUACCCCUCCACAAGGUGAAGUCUUUGAGCGUGUACCACCCACAGCUGGCCUACUGUGUGGUACAGUUCCUUGAAAAGGACCCCAGCCUCACAGAACCUGUUAUAAUGGGAUUAUUGAAAUUCUGGCCGAAGGUCCAUAGUCCAAAAGAGGUGAUGUUUUUGAAUGAAUUGGAAGAGAUUUUAGAUGUGAUAGAACCCGCUGAGUUCACCAAGGUGAUGAACCCACUUUUCAAACAGCUAGCCAAAUGUGUGUCCAGUCCCCACUUUCAGGUGGCAGAGAGAGCUCUGUACUUUUGGAAUAAUGAGUACAUCUUGAGUUUGAUCACUGACAAUGCCUCUACCAUCCUGCCUAUCAUGUUCCCAGCUUUGUAUAGGAGCAAGGAGCACUGGAACAAGACGAUACAUGGGCUUAUAUACAAUGCUCUGAAGUUGUUCAUGGAAAUGAACCAGAAACUGUUUGAUGAUUGUACACAACAGUACAAAGCAGAGCGACAAAAAGAAAAGGAAAAGAAUAAGCACCGAGAUGAUGCGUGGACGAAAGUACACAACCUAGCAUUAGGAAAUCCACAAUUCAGAGAGUAUGCAAUUUUUUUAACUAAUGGUGAGAAGCCGGGAAAUCCAGGGACGCCUAACAGUAUAGGGACGGAGGAGGAUGGGGAGGUGGUCGUCAACAUGGAAAAAUUACAAAGGGCUGCCAACGAGAUACAAGCAAGUAAUGCUAAAAAAAUGGGCAAGAAAACAGAGCUCAUGUUCCACGCUGAUGCUAAAGGAUUGGACAUGCUCACCUCUGACUUCGGAAAACUACAGAAGAAAAAAGCGAAAGAAAAACCACUGUUGCGUCGAAAGUCAGAAUUACCACAUGACAUGACUAUGAUAAAAGCGUUGGAUUCUCAUAAGCGAUCGGACGAUUUCCUUUCUACCUCGUCCGAGGGAAACAACUGAUGUGUCGGACACAAACCUGGCCGAAUAGACACCGUAGAGGAGGGCGACAUUUUUACUUGCUUUCACUGGACAAUCAUGCUAACAAACAAGGGGACGUGGGACCUGACCAAUGGGGACAAAGGGCCCCGAAGAGUUGUAACUACUUGGACACUGAUGACCAGGAAGGUGACCUUGUGAUGCGAGUCAGUACUGAGCAAAGCAAGGCUGUGUACUGUAUCUGGUAGUGUGUAGAUAAUCAUUAUACAUAGAUAUGAAUAUUAUAUAAACAAAUUUUUAAUCUAUUCAUUUUAUUAUUGUACAUAGUGUAAGAUUUAUAAUUUUAAUUUUUUGUUCGGUUGCAUGUACAGAACUGGUAUAAAAACCUGGCUGUGGAAUUGGUGAAGGGGAAAUAUAUGUAUUUAAAUAAGAUUUACUUUAUAAUGUACAUUACAUGUUGAUAUGCUCAACUGACAGGCUUCAGUUCCAUAUCAGACAGAGUUGUUCCCUUUCACUGCCGAACCAAUCAGGAUUUUAUACGUUUGUGUGUAUGUGUGUGUACAUGUGUCUGACAGCAUGUUUUUAUAACGAUACGGACCAAUAAUUUUUUGUUUAUAGAGAGAGACAACCCAAUAAGGAGAUAAAAGGUCAGAUUGUCACAAAGGAAAUUACAUCGUAAUACUUGUAAAAUAGAAUAUGAUUAUGAGUAAAGAUUAUUUUCUUCUGGUGAGUAACUUUGCCCGAAACUAGUGUUAUGGAAAUAUGUCUGGUUGUGUGCAAGAGAGGAGAAGAGAGAUGAACUAUUGGCCUGCUUUUGGAACAAGGCUAUGCACACUAUUUGUGUAAACUGUGAAAGUGACGCAUGUGUGAAUUUAUUUAGCAACAUGUGUAACUUGCCAAAACAAGGCUGUUAUGUCAUGUUCAAAGAUAAAAUAAUUGUUUUACAUUCAAUUUUGUUUAAUUUGAUUGAUAGGAGUGAUAAAGGAGACUGACUAAAGCUACAUUUUCUUGACAAAUAAACCUUCGUUUUAUAUCUGAAUAUAACAAGGACCUUGAGUUAAUGUUUUUAGAGGUGUUUGAAGGAUAUUGUCAUUGAUUUUUUUUUUUUUUUUUUUCUAUGAAUAUUUUUAGUUUUAGUAGCUGAAUAGUUCUGUUUAGCUGCUCUGGAAAGCAUUUCAGUGUAAUUACUCUGGAGGGCUUUGAAGUGUAGCUGCUGUGGAAGGAUAUUCAAGGUCGCUACCUAUCUAGAUAUGGUACAUGUAUCUACACUGACAUGUGCAACCUCGAGUUCUGUGGUAAUAUGAUAUCAUCUAUUGAUUGUGUCUCGAUUGAGGUGCACAACCUCUGAAUCAGUGGCAUUAAGAUAUUUUCCAUUGAUGGUUCUCCACUGAGGUGCACAACCUCUGAAUCCGUGGCAUCAAGGUAUUGUCCAUUGAUGUUUCAAUUGAGGUGCACAACCUCUGAUUCAGUAGCAUCAAGGUAUGGUCCACUGAUGGUGUCUCGCUUGAGGUGCACAACCUCUGAUUCAGUGGCAACAAGGUAUUGUCCAUUGAUAGUGUCUGUUUAGAGGUGCACAGCCUUGAAUUUAUGGUAGUUUGGCCUGCAUGACUUCUGUAGUGUCCUGGCAACUCAGCUAUGUGCCAAGUAUUUCUAGGGAAUGUAAUAUAUUAGUAUCUGUGAUUCUUUAUGGGAACAAUUUUUAGGAUAUCGCAAUGGUCAUAAUAGCUUGUUAGUAUCAAACUUUACCAUCCUUUUGGAUAGCCAGACUCUUCUCUCCAUCAUAAGUCAUCAUAUGGUAAGGUUUGCUAACUUGCAUUAAACUUAAUGUUGAAUGUGUUUUGGAGUAAUUUCUGGUGAUGAUAUCACACAAUUAGUGAGUGUAUGGUGACGGUCUAAAGAUAUGACAUUUUUCCUCUUUUGAAUAUAUGUGAAAUCCCAGAAAAGUGUCUUGACAGUGUCCAACAUUCCCUUCACAGUUUGGACCUUGAAUUUGAUGGCUGGUCCUGAAUUUGUAGAUCUAGAUGCCUGUGAAUGAUCUCCCCACCUCUCAUUAGUACUAAGGGGUAGGAUUUAGAUUGUGAAGAGUGACAUACUACUCCAAAAGUUUCCUCCCUUAAUUGUUGUCCACUAUGCAAAUCUUUGGAGGUUUAGGCUGAGUGUACAGGAACCUAUCAUCACUGUAUUCCACCCAGGGUUAAAUGUUUGUGAGCUGGAGUGGUGCGACUGUUACAAUUUAUAUCGUUUUUCUUUUCUUUUUUUUUAAACACUUCAGACAAUUUCUGUAGCAAUUUUUCCCCUGGUACAUUAUCACUCUUUGUCUCUGUGAAAUCUUUAAUAAUUUCACCUAUAGGCAGAAUCACAAUGAAAGUGCUCUAGUUAUAUGGAUGAACACAUUCAAUGACAUAUUGAGUUUCUGGUCCCAUACAUUCAGACAUGUGCAGCAGCAUUUAGUUUACAUUUCCAAUUGAUUAUGAUAACUAGUUACAUUAUUCCUCACCAAUCCUAUUCUUUGUAAGUUCAUAUAAUGGUCUUUGUGUGAACAAAUCAUGUUUUUGUUCAGUUUUGUACCACAGUUGUUGAAGACAAAUGGUAACUUGUCAGGUUUGUGCUGUACAAAAAUGUGUUGUUUGAGAUUAUUUUCUCAUUUCUAGAAUCCUAGGGCGAGUUCAAUGCUCUGCAAUUGCUUGAAUUAUUCAAACAUUCAGCCCAAUUUAUUGUGGGACUGGUGAAUAAUCAAAUCUCAGUGUUAACUUUAGAAUGUGAUUUAAUUCGGGCAUAAUGUGAUUGCUAGACUUGUAUAACAAGGUGGGUUCACUAAAAGUGAAGAUGUGAUUUUGCAUGACUUUUGUGCUAACUCUACUUAUGAUAAUGCAUUCAAUGAAAUACUCUCUGCUCUAGCUAAAUAUUAAACUAAACUUAUAAUUAAUGAUAAAAAACACAAAUUGUGGCCCCAUAAGCAUAGAUAUGUAUACCAUGGCCAAUUUUACUUAUGAUGGAAUUUAUACAGAAAUCAAUUAGUUAUGAUUGAAUGUAUACAGAAAUUAACAUUACUGUCUGAUGGAGUUUUAUUCUCAGAAACCUAAAGGUUCCACUGUUUUACAAACAUUUACCCUGAACUGAAAUCACUAGGUGUACGCAUCACCUUGCCAAUGAUAGUUGAUAGUCUUGCUUAUCUGUGAUCUUGAAGUAUAAUGUUGGUUAAGAAAAUGUGAAUCACAUGGCUGUUUAUUUGGUGAGUUUUCAUCUCUCAUGACCUCUGUCUUCAGAGCAUAGUGCCAAUAUCUAACUACAUCAGAAUCGAUCAAUUUAAGGUGUCUGGUAACAAUAAUGAAUAGCAAUUGGUAUUUGUAUUGUCCUACCAUUCAAAGAAGGAAGACAUGUUGAAAGAUUAAACAUUAUGGAUUUGGAAGAUGGAGUUCAUCUUCAUUCAUUCCCAGACAAUCCUUUAUUUCUGUCGGUGAAUGUAACUUUUCUUUAACACAUUGCUUCAUGGUACACGAUUCUAAUAUUUUUUGUGUACUAGUGUAGUUAUUCUCAGCUUUUUGUAUUUAUUUAUUACUGAUAAGUAGAGCUGGAGAUUUAUUUACUUGUAGGGACCACAUAAUCAAAAGACAAUGAAUUUUUAGUUCGAUCACAGCAUUUCAUUAUAAUGACCUGAAUGCCCUCCCUGUGACCAUUAUAAUCGUGACUGAUGUGUACACACGAGAUUUUUCUGUGUUUUUUGAAGUGAUGUAUUGGUGUACAUAUCAUGUACAUUAUUUCAAUGCAAUUUUUUAAGUACGUGUAACUACAGUCAUUGUAGAGACAAAAAGCAAUCUUUUCUACUGUAUGUAUUACUAUAUUUCAAAUGUCCAAGCCUACCUAGUAAUCAUUUACAACCUGAGAAAUAUAUCGGAGAAUAUAUAUAUAUGUAAAGCUAACACGUCAGCAGUUUGAAUCGCUACAUGUAUUUUGGUUGUGUUGUGAUCUCUAUAGUUUUUUGUUUGUCUCUAGAUAACUGAAGUAAGUGCACGAAAUGGAUGUCUCUGAAAACAACAAAAAUUCUUCAUAAACAAAAAAAAACACAUUUAGAUGAAAUGCUCAUUUUUGAUAAAAAUUGUUUUUACUUUUCCUCGUGUACUUAAGGUCCUCAGUUUUAUGUGGAGCACAAAUGUAUUAUCGUAAUUGAUUUAUUUCAUUUUAAGCUUGUUUCUUUUCUGUUUGUUCUCUCUCUCUCUCUUUUAAUACAUGCAUAUGUAAUGCAAUGAGCAUUUCAGUUAUGAUCGGUGAUAUAUUAUGUUGAUAUGUGUCCUAAGGGUACAUAUCUAACGAGACAAGUGUGGAUGUAUACAUAGACCUGUAUUAACUGUGAUUAUUUGUAGUAUCAUUUUUUAUCAGGAACAAAACUUCUUUUAUGGGUGAUGUAAGGAAAUGAAUGCCUGUCUACCCCAGAUUUAUUGAGUCAGCAAUGACAUGACUCUGUUAUUGCAGAAACUUGAUACUGGUGGAUGUUAAUGUAAUGAACUGUUGUCAUUCUACAGAAACAAAAACACAUGUCUGUACAAUAAAACAAGUAGUAACUUGUGAGAA